AUGCAGGUGUCUCGGAAUGCCUCAAGCUCAACCUUAAGCAGAAGACUGGGCUAUGUAUGCCCCGAAUGUCGGGCACAUCUGCGUCGGCGUAUUGCCACUUAUUCACAGGAGCGACUUUCCCAUAAUACCACCUCACCUCGAUCUACCCAUUUGACACGGGAGCAGUGUUCGGCGACAAACAGAAGAGCACGGUUCAGUACACGAAGCAGACUUGCCUCCUUGGAAGAGACGUCCCACAGGACAGAUAGCCUCGAGUCGACCCUUCUUUCGUCAAUAUCCAGUACACUUCUCAGAUCAGACAAGACUCUACCAGGGCAGUCUGCAGUCCGGGAUCAUUUAAGAGCAUGGAGCAAACAGAACGAGCAGAGAAAAGCAGAAAGUGCGGAAGCUGGGUUCGAUGGUCCAAGCAGGGUGACCACAUUGCCUAAUUCACUCUUCAUUGAGGAGGCCAGAUUCGACGACGAUGCAGAAGAUGAUGCCGAGCUUGAAGAGUUCGAGGACUCAGUCGAGGGGCGACAGGCAGUCAACCUCUUUCCGGGAGACUUGAUAUACUACCGGCCUCGUGGUGUCAAGUCUCGUGAGCAGUUGGCAGUGUACAUGGGCGAGGCGGGCAUACAGAACCAAUUUUUCCUGGCCGACGGCCGGUGGCUGGCAGAGACUACACAGCGAGCGACAAGUCCGAUUGUCAGAGGAUUCGCCUCGAUUGAAGAGAUACGACCGAUACGAAAACACCUUCCGGUAAAGUCCCUGGAAAAACAGCCUCGCGACAUGGGACUCGCCACAAGCUUCAGCUUCGCCGGUGAUGUGCCUCAUCGUGAUUCUGCACCUUUGAUGAGUCGUCUUCGAGAGUUUAUGGAAGCCAUGUCGGAUUUCCGUCGGGACAAUCUCCGCGCUCUUGACUUGGUUCACGAACGCCUGGCCCAUGAUGAGUACUAUACAUGUCUUCCCUUCGAGGAUGUUGUUUACAAAUUACUCCAUGUGAGGUAUUCCGAUUUAUCACCUGCAGCAAGAAUGAUGACGUUCAUGACUCUGAGAUCGAGCGCGACAUCGAUUCAGCCGGUCGCUUCCAAAGGAAGAGAAGCUCCCCUGUUCGUCUUCACUCCUAAGAAGUUGGUCAAACGGUUUGAACAAGUUUGUGAAUGGGCACGGGACUAUCAAGAAUGCGCGGCCCAGGCGGCGCUGGGAAAAGAUGUUACUAAAUCCUUGGAACGUAACCCAUUGAGUUCCUUCAUCGAGAAAGCGAGGCGUCUGAUCCUCAAAAGCCGUGCUAUGCGCUCUCCAACAACGACCGGCAGCUUAGGCCCUAGCUCGAUCCAGCUGUUUGAAGAGGGCCGAAUUGUCACCAAGGACACUGGUGAAAGGUUCUCCGAGGAGGAUAAGAUGCUGCUGGAGUUUCUCUGGGACUGUUAUAUCCGCACACCAGUUCCUGAGUACCGAACUCGCUACCACUCGAUCGGUUCCCUGAUUCUUCGAGCUAUUGGUGCAUACCCAAAGCUUCGUCUGGAGCGCAAAAUCGGCAGUCUACUCUUGCAAGAGUUAGGAGUAUUGCCUCCAUGGACAGACCCUACGGACCACGACACAUCCCUGCAGAUUCCCGGCCGAAGGGGAGCACAUGAGGUAGAUCAGCUAUUUGCGGAAUCGGACGAAGUUUCUAGAGCGAUCGGCCUGGAGGAGAAGCAUGACCCUAGUCUACUUGAUGAUUCCAUGGCCUCGUUACGGCGGGAUUUAGGCGACAUGCCCGUCUUCUGCGUGGACCAGGAAACGACACAAAUCCGGGACGACGGCUAUUCUCUUGAGCCGGAUGAUGAUCAUCCAGGAACUUACUGGGUUCACUCUCAUGUUGCUCAUCCUUCUGCAUUCAUUACCCCGGACCAUAUCUUUGCGAAGAGAGCACGCAGUAUCGGUCAAACUCUAUAUCACGAUGUGGUUCAGCCGAUGUUCCCAUGGGGGUUUUCGCACGCCGUGAGUCUCAAGGCAGGUUCCCCGGCGUUAACAAUCAGCACCCUGCUCGAUGAGGAUGGUGAAGUGAAGGACAUCAGGAUCCAGCCCACCAGGCUCCGUAAUGUCGUUGAUCUAGACCCUGCAGCAGUGGACGCUGUACUGGGGAAACCUGCUCAGGAGCAAGCCUAUAUGAUUGUGGGCGCAGGCGACAGUACGACCAUCCCCUCAGACGGUACUGUCAGUGAGCAGAAGCUUCAAGCAGCUCGGGAGCAUCAGUCAACGCUUCAAAAGCUCCAGGAGCUGAUGUUGGCCCGCUGCCAGGCCCGGCGGAGGGCAGUCCCCGAAUACGCGAAUUGGUACAUCACUCAAAACGAUUCAAACGCCAAAACGUCGUACGUUGAAGAGUACUCUCCAGAGCGUCUCUACCGCAGCUACCACUACCAAGGCGAUCCAGUCAUCAAGUGCAUUGCUCCACGCACGUUCGAACCAGUUCGCCUGGGGGAGGUAGAGACAAUGUCCAAUCUGACCUCGUUGGUGAUGACGCUGGCAGCCGAGUCAGCAGCAAAGUGGUUCGGUGAUCGUGGAAUUCCCGCCUUCUUCACCGGAUCUCUAACACAGCCCGGCUUUCCCCUGUCGAAGCUCAACAGUAUGGAUAUGCAGGAGAACAAGCGUCCUCCGUUGGGAACAUACUCGUCCACCCCUGUUCCUCAUGUCUUCCUCAACACGAGUGCGUACUUGCGCGUCACUAGUCCCAUCCGACGCUUUACAGAUAUUCUCGCACAUUGGCAGGCCGAUGCUUACUUACGGGCUGAAGCGAGUGGACUCGUUAAGCCUGGUCUUGAUGCGAGCAAGCUAGAACUGCCGUACAGCAAGGAGAUGAUGGACGAGUAUAUCUCGACUGACGCAGAAAAGCUGCGCUCCUUGCCCUACAAGGUGAUGAGGAGCCCAAAGAUACACUGGGCUCUCCGAGCCCUUUUCCGGGCGUUUCACUUCAAAGAAUCCGAGCUCCCCACAGUGUGGGAUCUGAAAGUGCUCACGCUUCACAACGUCGGUAAGACCGGCGAAGACACAGGCUUGCGAGGGCAGCUUCUGCCAUUCCAGCUGCCCACAAAGUUGUUGGAGUCCCCAGAGGGUUGGGAGAAAAAGGCGCGACGCAACUCUUUCCUGCCCGUCAAAAUUGAACUUGUCGACCUCGACGAGAUGUGGGUUUACUGUCGUGCGGUCGGUCCCCCGAGCGAUACAUACAACUUCAAAGAUCCCAUCAGGAUCGUGCCAAAGCGCGUAGGCACGGAGAAAGCAUCGGACGACAUUCCCGCUCUCGUCGAGGAACCGGCAGUCUCGACAGCAUAA